AGGAGCGCGCGGCGACUCCAAUCAUUCUUGACGGGAGUGAUGACAAAGGCCACGAGGGACCGGAUGGCAAAGCAGAAAUGAGAGAUCUGACACGAGACUUCAUGGAAACCAAUCCUAGUGUUGUGAACGGCCACCAAGUCUUUGAAGGAGACAUGGUCUUGACGGAGAGCCAGUGGCGAGCGGUCAGGGAGAGGAAGGCCCUUGCAGACCUCUCAGCGCGCUGGCCUGAACAGGGCGGCUUCCCCACCGUGCCCUACUACCUCGACACUACCGACUCCGUCACCGUGGCUGCCAUAAAUGCAGCGAUUGCUCACUGGGAGCAAAACACCUGCAUCAGAUUCCAGCUCACGUCCAACCUCGCUCAACGGCACGUCAGGUUUUUUGAAGGGUCUGGAUGCUGGUCGUAUGUCGGCAUGCUGGCCCAGAAUGGACAAGACAUUUCUAUUGGAAGUGGCUGCAAAGAACUCGGCAUUGUCGCCCAUGAGAUCGGCCACGCCAUUGGGUUCGUACACGAGCAGAGUCGCCCCGACCGUGACGACUAUGUGGUCAUCAAUUAUGGCAACAUCCAAACUGGCAAGGAAAACAACUUCAAUAAGUACAGCACGUCAGUGGUCAACACCUACGGCAUACCAUACGACUACUCAUCCGACAUGCACUACGGCUCUACGGGCUUCACCAACAACGGCAAGUCGACCAUCGCCACCCUAUAUCCCUUGGCGCAGGAGCUCAUCGGCCAGCGCACGGGACUCUCUCACAGGGACAAACUAUUGGCCAACACCAUGUACGGCUGCAUCAAUAAGUGGCUUGCUGCUUGCGGAGUGAACGCCGACCCCUGCCAGAACGGCGGGUUUUAUGGAAAUGGCUGCGCUUGUGUGUGUCCCUCGGGCACCUCAGGGGCCAACUGUCAGACAGUGACAGGAAACUACUACGACAAGUUGACGAAUCCCUGCACUGAGAAAGUAACUCAGGAAGGCACCCUCACCUCGCCGGGCUAUCCAAGCAACUACCCAAACAUCCAGUGCGUCAAGUGGAUUGUAGCUCCCGUGUGCCACGUGCCCCGAGUGACCUUCUCAGACUUUUACCUGUACGGAAAGGAUCCCUACUGCGGCUCGACUACAGCGACGUGCUGCUACUUUGAUGGUCUGGAGAUCAGAACCGACAACUUGUACAACGGUGCAGUGUAUUGUGGCACGGACAUCACUGCAGGCCAGACCUUCACCGGAACCGGUCAAGAGAUGAUUUUAUACUUCAGGGCGAUAAGUAAUAAUCUUCGCAGGGGAUGGUCUGCCCAACUCACCUUUGUGCCGCAACCGGGAUGCACAACCACCACUUCAGAAACCUCCACCACCACCACAGCAACAACAACCACCACUACAGAACCCACCACCACCACUACAGAACCCACCACCACCACCACAGAACCCACCACCACCACCACCACCACCACAGCAACAACCACCACUACAGAACCCACCACCACCACUACAGAACCCACCACCACCACUACAGAACCCACCACUACCACUACAGAACCCACCACCACCACUACAGAACCCACCACCACCACUACAGAACCCACCACCACCACUACAGAACCCACCACCACCACUACAGAACCCACCACUACCACUACAGAACCCACCACCACCACUACAGAGCCCACCACCACCACUACAGAACCCACCACCACCACUACAGAACCCACCACCACCAUUACAGAACCCACCACUACCACUACAGAACCCACCACCACCACCAUUACAGAACCCACCACCACCACUACAGAACCCACCACCACCACCACCACCACAGCAACAACAACCACCACUACAGAACCCACCACCACCACUACAAAACCCACCACCACCACCACCACCACCACUACAGAACCCACCACCACCACUACAAAACCCACCACCACCACCACCACUACAAAACCCACCACCAGCACCACCACUACAAAACCCACCACCAGAACCACCACUACAAAACCCACCACCAGAACCACCACUACAAAACCCACCACCAGAACCACCACUAUAAAACCCACCACCAGAACCACCACUACAAAACCCACCACCAGAACCACCACUAAAAAACCCACCACCACCACCCCGAGAGCAACAACCACCACUACUAAACCGACCACCACCACCACCACCACCAGCCCACCACCACCAAGAUGUUUAACUCAGGCGUUCAACGGAGUGUUCUACUGGUCCUCCCCAGGCUUCGGGAUCACCAACUACCCGAAUAACUUUAACUGCGCACUGCGAGGAGUUUCGACGACAUCCAUGUUGACGCUGAAACUGGAGAGGUUCACGCUGCAGGGAGCGCUGAGAAGAUGUGUGGAUGGCGUCGAGUUAACAUUCUUGUAUAAUCGAACGAUAACGUUGUGUGGGUCUCAAUCAGGGAAAGUCUUUACAUCGCCAUCUUUCAAUUUCAACGCGAGAUUCUUCACCGACCCCACGAAGACCUAUCAGGGCUACAACAUCUCCUUCACGCCUGCAACCACGAGUUGUCACCAGAUAAUCACGGCAGCUGUUGGUCAGACUGGCACAAUAACUUCCCCUCCAGCAGAAAAAUACUGCGAAUACCGAAUCCAGGCUCCUUCUGGAAGUCGCGUGAAGGUCAACGAAGUUACAUCAAGGAUUCUAGGGACAACGAACUGUGAAACUGACUGGCUUCUGCUGAACGGGAGGAGUGAGAAGAUGUACCCGUCAGACACCAGCUUAAUUAUCUGCGGCAAUAAGGUAGUGCCUUCACCUCUGAUAUCCCAGACCAAUGAGAUGUACGCAGCUUAUCAAGGCACCAGCAGCAGCCUCGGUGUCACUAUCAAGUAUACCGUCAUCUAAGUCAAACGUUCCUGGAUUUUCUCGCCAAUCACGACUCCAAUGUAUCUAUACGGGCACGAAUUUCAUUUUCUUUACAACAAAGGAGACAGCUCAAGGGCACACAAAAAAGGAAACAAUAAUGAAAAAAAAAGAGCCCGCUUCUCGCUGCUCCUAAAAAAAUGAAUCAAAAGAGGUGGCCGAAAGAGAGGUCAAUUUCGGGAGGAGAAUUCAUUAGUACACCUGCAACCCUUUCAGUUUGCCUCUUGCCCACGAUGUUUCUUUGUUUAAAAUCAUAUCACUGGUAAGCCAAGUCAGCUGAUAUAACUUAAACGAGGAACAGAUAUCAAGGCUGGUAUUACAAGACACUUUCCCUUCUCACAUCAAGAUAUUUCUAAAGGUCAAAAGGGGAUAUCAAUCAGGCUCUAAUGAGUGUUUUUUAGGCUCAGGGUACAGAAGAAGGGUCAAACUACCACCAGGGUCAUAAAACUAGAACCGGAAAUGCCCACAACUUCUAGGAAAGCCUUGUCAAAUAUGUGUUCUUGGGCGGCGAAAUGUCUUAUAAUCCGAGCCUAAGCAUCCUUUUAGUGUUCUACAAUAGCCGCCCCAAGAAAAUAAAU